AUGCACGACAUGAUGGAAAACUUCUCAAGUCUACACUAUUCCUCUCAUGUUCCAUUGCUGGUGAAACAACAGAAAAUGAGUGUCAAGGAGAUGAUGAGUCCAGUUCCAUUAUCCCUUCGCAAAAAUUGCGACAAGAACUUGUGGCCAUUAUUCAAAGUGGUGCAACACAAGUUCAAUCCAUCAAUCGGAACUGUUAUAUCAUUAGAGGAACCCGAUGACGAAGAAGAAGACGAAACUCUUCAACAACGCUCGAAAAAUCAAAAUUUCGAUGAUUUGGAACCGAUUGAUCUAUCGCAAUUGAAGUUCGCACAAACUCCGUUAAAGGAUGCGAGUCCAAUGAUGUCACCACUUCGACGUAUUGACGACUUUGAAAUGCCGAUGGAAAUCGAAAGACCCAGAAGAGAAGACUUGUUUGAGCCUCUAAUUGAUCCAAUUGUUGAUCCUAUCUCCCCGCGGCUCACGGAUAAUAUUCCACUACAGGAAGAUAACUGGAAUUUCAAAUCGCCGAUUUCGUUUGAGCCAAUAUCUCAUUCGGAUGAUAAAACACCAACAAUGAUUCGUGAGGCUUUGCUUCGCGAAUGUGAGAAUGUGAGUCCAUAUAGCUUCCAACUGGAAAAUGUGUUACCGGAAGGUGCGACUUGUCGUGAAGCUGCCAGAAGUUUUUAUGUUGUUCUUGAAUUGCUGAAAGAGCGUGAACUGAAAGCAAUCCAAAUCACUCCGUUCGGACCAAUUGAUCUCAGAAUCGCAGGCACUGACUCCGAUGAUUUAGAUGAUAUGGCAAUGGAAAUGGAUGAUGGUGACUUCUGA